AUGUCGGUUUACAAUAGUAAAGCAAAUUAUCAUCCAGCAUCAGCUUUACCUGGCAGUUUACCGAAUGGCUCAUAUCUUCUGCCCGGUAAUGACUAUUACAGCGUUGCCGGAUGUUUACCACGUCUUCGUUAUGAUACACAAAAAUUCCUAAAUGAUCCAAAAUAUGCAUAUUCACAGAGCUACCGAAUCGAUGCAAUGCAAGCAUUACAAAAUGUUAAAAAGGGCACUAGUUUACCUCGAUAUUAUUCCUAUUAUCCACAUUUCGAAGCAACUCGCGAACGGCAUGUAUUUGUACCGAAACAUUUUCCUAAUGAAAAUCCAUCAUCUUAUGACCAUAAAGGAUUACAACAUUUUAAAAAUCUUGCAUCACAUUCAGACAGUUAUGCACUUCGAAGUGUAAGUACUUUACCGCGUGUUGAUUAUGUAACAUUACCAGCACCGGAUCAAAAUGAUGAGAUUUAUCAUAGCUAUCAACCGAAAAUGCCUUAUGAUAUGAUGGUAUUACGUGAUGAACAAAUGUAUAAAACGCCAUAUUCAAGAGAUUUUAUGACACGUGAUACAACAUUUAUUUCAAGUACGACAUUGGUACCUCGUGGAUGUUAG